CCGGGAAUAGAAUAUUUAAUAUGAGCGAUGGGUUAGGCUGAUAAUUUUAUAGUUUUUCUAAACAAAAAGAAAUGGUUCAGUUACUCUAUAUUAUCGCCAGUUUGCAUGUGCUACUGUGUCCAUUCACGAAAGUCGAGGAAAGUUUUAAUAUCCAGGCUUCCCACGAUAUUUUGUACCAUCGGUUUAACCUAUCAGAGUACGAUCAUAAUGAGUUUCCGGGUGUAGUGCCCCGCACUUUUGUCGGACCACUUGUGAUUUCUAUCCUGUCGGCACCUGUUGUCGGUGUGUUGCAUUUGUGCGGUAUAAAUAAAUUUUGGAUGCAAUAUGUUGUGAGGUUAACACUCGCCCUAUCAGUAAUAGCAUCAUGGAACAGACUCCGGAAUGCUCUACAGAAGCAGUUUGGCAGCACAUUUUCAUGGUGGUUCAGUGUGAUCACUGUAACACAGUACCACUUCAUGUUCUACAUGAGCCGUCCAUUACCUAAUAUUAUAGCUUUACCUCUUGUUCUUCUAGCAAUGGAAGGAUGGUUAUUGGGUAGACAUAAACAAUUUAUAGUAAUGUCUGGUGCCUCUAUAAUUAUAUUCCGAUCUGAACUAGCCAUGCUUUGUGGAUUAUACCUGAUUAUAGAUUUAUUCUUCAAGAAAAUUGAUGUUGGGUCUUUGUUGAAGACUGUAAUACCAGCUGGUAUUGCGCUGGUGAUACUGACAGUGGUAGUUGACUCAAUGUUCUGGAGGCGCCUGCUAUGGCCGGAGGCCGAGGUGUUCUGGUACAACACCAUUCUGAACAAGAGCUCCAAUUGGGGUACAUCACCAUUUCUCUGGUACUUCUAUUCAGCACUGCCUCGCGGUCUGGGUCCAAGCAUAGUAUUACUUCCCAUAGGCAUGUACUUAGACAGACGGAUCGUGCCCAUCGUGGUGCCUGCACUAGUCUACAUAUUGCUCUUCUCAUUCCUGCCUCACAAAGAACUGAGGUUUAUAAUCUAUGUGUUCCCAUUGCUCAAUAUUUCGUCCGCAAUCACGUGUUCUUAUGUAUAUAUUCGACGGACGAAAGCGCCAAUUUACGAAUUAUUCUUCUGGGGAAUAGUGAUGGUCAUUGUGUGUAACAUCGCGUUCUGCGUAGCACUGUCGUUGGUAGCUAUGACCAACUACCCCGGUGGAGUGGCUAUGAUAAGAUUUCACAAGCUGUUAAAAAACGAACCGUACGUUCACGUACAUAUCAGCAAUCUAGCGGCGCAGACAGGCGUGACAAGGUUCACGCAAAUAAACGAUCAUUGGACCUAUAGCAAGAAUGAAUCCUUACAAGUAGAUCAAUUGCAACAUUUUACGCAUUUACUUGUUGAAGCAAAGAGUAAAUAUUCGCCAAAUCUUAAAGCAUUUUCGCAAACACAUACAAUUUUAGAUAGUAUUGAAUCAUUUUCUCAAAUUACAAUGAACUAUAAGUUGAUACCGCCCGUAAAAAUUAAAACUAAACCAGCUAUAUUUAUACUGGAACGAAAGAAUUUCAGAGAUGCGCCAUAUCAUUAUGAUGCUAUAGAUAAACCAGCAGAAAAAGCAGAGCAUUAUUAUGCAGAAGAUUCAGAACCUAGUCAAGUAAGCUUAGAAGAAACAGAAAUAGAUAAAAUUAACACAGGCGAAGAACUGAUAGACCAAGCAUCUGAAACUUUAUCUGUUGAUACAGAAGAUAUGGAUGAAUUGCAGGAAUUUUCAACAGUUAUUGAAGAAUCUGUUAAUAUAAUCUCGCCUGAAGUGAUUACCGUAACAGUAGUAAACGACAUUGAUAACGAUAGCACAUCCCUAGAAGAUCUGGAAGAACUUCAAGAUACUCUAGUUACAGCAUUUACAUCAAAUAAAGUAGCAGAGGACAUAAAAACAUUUAGCAAACAAGAGAGAAAGAAAAAGGCUAUUGCUAAAAUAAAAUCGGAAACACGUAGAGAAGUUGUCGCAUCAGCGAAAGAAAAGUUAAAAGAAAUUAUGAAACGUCACAAGCAUAUCGCCGAAGAGCUUUCUGAUAUCAUAUCAGAGGAUAUUAAGACUGAAGUAGUACAAGAGAAGGAUGGUAGAGGUGAUAUACCGGAUAUUGAAUCUACACAAAAUGUAGAAACUCCCAUCAUUGAAGAAGUAAAAGAAACUAUUAGUACCAAUUCUGCAGAAAAUAUAAUUGAGAUAAAUAAUGCCGUUAAUAGUCAAAAUAUUAAUGUUGAUUCCAUAGUAGAAGAAGUAAUUGUUCGUUUGUUAGACCGAAAAAUAUACGACGACAAAACGAAACCUGAAGACAUUAUGAUUGAAGACAGACUGAUGAUACAAAAAAUUGUUGAGGAGAUUCUAUCAGAAAGGACGAAUUAUACAAAAACAGAUAAUAAAACGGUGGAAAAUAAAUAAUAAAAGUUAUCCUGGGAACUGGCGAUAACUAUAUGAAUUAUAUUUAUUGAUAUACAAAAUGACAUAUGUACAUGAAGUGAGUAGCUUGGUGACUCAUAUCUUAGCGAUAAUAUAGAUCAGAAACUAAACCUAUAUGUUUAACUAAUGGUAUCAAGGAAGACUCGUGCGUGAAUUGUUAUUUAAUCAGUUUCUGAAGUGUGUGACCGCUAAAUUGUACGGAAAAUCGAAAUUGUGUAUUAUCUGAUGUUUUAUCAGGUAAUCCUUCUAUUGAAAUAUGCAUUUUAAAAACCUUAAACUUUUAUAUGAAUGUAAAUACAACUCAGAGUUCAGAAAACACUUGAUUUCAUUCGCAUUUUGUAGGUUUUUAAAAGCAUAUCUAGAUUGUUUAUAUUUAGUACUAACUAAAUAUCUAAAUGAAAGUAAUUAGUAAAUGCUAAAUGCGUAAUUGUCUCUUUACUAAAAUUGAUACUGCAAUAAAAUUGCAAUUCGUACAGUGAGUACAAGUGCCAAAGAAACUAUCAUUAUCAUAUUUUGUUAAUAAAUAAAAUAUUCUAUUAAAAAUUGGAUUUUAAUCUAGUUAGUAGGGUUAUUUGUGGGCAGCGCUUUAAAAUCCCUACAUAACGUCCAAUAAUGGAUGACAAUCGGAUGAUAUGGGAUAGUAAUGAGAGAUUUAAAAAAUAAAAUCUUUCACAUAUUUAUUUUCAAAAACUUAAAAUCAUUCACAUAUUUAUUUCUAUUAGAAUACAGUCCUCGUGUUACGUCAUCUUACAUGAAUAAUCUUAAAAUUUACGGCGAGUAAAAUUACAAUUGACGUGUUUUUCGCAUUUUGUCCAUACAACAAAAGUAUAAAAUUAAAACAGUCACUUAACUUAUAUAUUCAACAGUGAGAUAAGAUACUUUCAUAAAACAAGUGGAUAGCGAAAAGAAGUAAAGCUUAAUCUAAGAUGUAAGUAUAUAAAGUAUUAAUGACUAUUGUCUCAAAUUGUACUACAUUUUAGA